CUGAAUGAGAGAAAAAGUUAAAAAUGUGUUCGGCAACCACCACAUGUUCAACUUGUUGUUUUUAGGGCUUUGCUGCUUUAAGGUCGUGUAAUGGGAUCCAUCACUGAAACAAACCAGAAAGAGUGUGAGCUGACCUCAGCUCACCUGCCAUCUGAAAAUGGGCAUCAAUUUAUACCAGAGACCAUAAGACCUGACAUAGAAUCAAGCUUCACUCGUAUCUGCAGUAAGGAGUUUUCAGAGUCAUAUCCGCUGCUUCGUAAUUCGGGAACAAAACUGGGACAACAUCAGGACAACAUUGGGACAACAUCGGUUUCCUGGACCAUAUCGCAGGAUGAGCCUCAGAAUUUUCAUGGCCAGGAGAUGCCAAGUGAGUCGAUCUGGGCCAUGGGGAUACAGAUUUUGGUUCCAUUCCUCCUGGCAGGUUUUGGAACGGUGCUGGCGGGGAUGUUGCUGGACCUAGUGCAGCACUGGGACGUUUUCACUUCUGUGACCGAGAUCUUCAUCCUUGUCCCACCUUUACUGGGCCUAAAGGGGAACCUUGAGAUGACACUGGCAUCAAGACUCUCCACCGCUGUGAACGUUGGCAGAAUGAACUCUUCAAGCGAGAAGUGGAACCUGAUCAUCGGAAAUCUUGCCCUCAAACAGAUACAAGCUACAGUUCUGGGCUUCUUGGCUGCUCUUGUAGCAUCGGCUCUUGGAUGGAUCCUGGAAGAGGAGCUCUUCAUGAACCAUGUAGCUCUGCUUUGCUGUUGCAGCGUGGUGACAGCGUUCACAGCAUCUCUGCUGCAGGGGAUCUUAAUGGUUGGUGUGAUUCUUGGGUCCAAGAAGGUGGGCGUCAACCCUGACAACAUAGCCACGCCCAUCGCUGCCAGUUUUGGUGACCUCAUCACACUUGGACUGCUCGCCAUCAUCAGUCAAGGCUUAUUUUACUGCAUGGAACCUUACCCUUAUAUUACCUACGUGGUGUGUAUUGUUUUCCUGUCCCUGACGCCGGUGUGGGCCAUUCUUUCAUUUCGGCACCCUGAAAGCCAAAAACUGCUGUUUUCCAGCUGGGAGCCAAUAAUAACCGCACUGGUGAUCAGCAGUCUUGGAGGACUGAUUCUGGACCGAACCGUCGCAGAUCCAAUGCUUGAGGGAGUUGUUCUCUACACUCCUGUAAUAAAUGGUGUUGGUGGUAAUCUGGUUUCCGUCCAGGCUAGUCGUAUAGCCACGUAUCUUCAUUUUCACUGUCCUCCGGGCGAACUUCCAGGCGACUCUAAACGAUGUUUCUGUCCCUGCCGCAGCUUUUACACCACAGGGCCGAAUGGAAGAUCAGCACAGGUGCUGCUCAUGUUGGCCAUCCCAGGUCACCUGAUCUUCAUCUACACCAUUUACCUAAUACAAGGCAGCCCGGCUCCACCCACUGCUGUCUUCAUUUCCUUCUAUUUGGUAGCAGCUUUCACACAGGUGUUUCUCCUGCUGGGCACCGCUGAUGUGAUGGUUCACUGCUUGUGGAAAUGCGGCAGGGACCCUGAUAGCUUCUCUAUCCCGUAUCUGACGGCUCUGGCGGAUUUGUUGGGCACUGCCUUUCUAGCACUGUGUUUUCUUCUAUUGUCACUGGUGACAUAAAUGUAGAAAUGACAUUGUCAUAUUUCAUUAAACAGACCACUAUCUGA